AUGUCAAAAUUAAAGCAGCUUCCACAAUUGACACUUGCAUUACUGAAACCUGACAUAGUAGUCAAUCCAACGAUAAGAAAUCAGAUACUGCACAAAAUACAAUCACACCCUCAUUCGUUUACAAUAGUUGAACAGAAGGACAUUCUCUGGAAACUUGCACAGGCCAAAGCAUUCUAUAAAGCCCAUGAGGGUAGAUUCUUUUUUGAGCGCCUGUGCGGAUUCAUGACAAGCGGCAAGUUUACCGCAUUAAUACUUGCUAGAGAAGAUGCAAUCCAUUAUUGGCGUCAGUUGAUUGGUCCAACACAUCCAUGCAGAGCACGCGUAGUAGCUCCCGGUACCCUGCGUGCAACUUAUGGCCUGACUGAUACGAGAAACUCCUUCCAUGGAUCCGAUUCGGACGAUACAGCAAAACGCGAAAUUAAAUUAUUUUUCCCAGACUUUGAUAUUGAUGAAUGGAGAAGAAAUCAGAACUCGUGA